UUUUUAAAGUGAAAAAAAAAAUGUUCGACUUUAGUGAAUAAAAAAAAAACUCAUAAGUGUUACACAAAAUAUAAGGUGUAUUUUUGAAAACGUAAUAAAAUUUAAAAUUGUUUUAAUUGUUCUUUAUCAAUGCGGGAAAAUUGUGCAGAAUGGUACUGAAAGUAGACCCCCGGCAGCUAGUCGGGAGGGUUUUACCUAUACUACGCUGGUCGAGAAGCUACAAUGCUGAGACUGGAAUUGGAGAUUUGAUAGCUGGAAUUACUGUAGCACUUACAUUGAUACCACAGUCUAUCGCCUACGCUUCACUAGCUGGUUUUGAACCACAGUAUGGUCUCUACGCGUCUUUCGCUGGCAGUUUCGUGUAUGCAGUAAUGGGAACCUGUCCGCAAAUCAACAUAGGUCCCACAGCAUUACUAUCUCUCCUAACAUUCACUUACACAAAUGGAACGAAUCCUGAUUUUGCGAUUCUGCUCUGCUUCAUCGGCGGCAUUAUUCAGUUAAUAGCUGGGAUUGUACAGCUAGGUUUCCUCGUCGAGUUUGUAUCAUUACCAGUUGUGUCCGGUUUCACAUCCGCCGCGGCUAUUACUAUCGCCUCUUCUCAGAUAAAAGGUCUAUUUGGCUUGAAGUUUAAUGCAGAGACUUUUAUAUCCACUUGGGGUGGCGUGUUCCAUCACAUAAGACAGACAAAAAUGGAAGACACACUUCUUGGAUUGUCUUGCUGUAUCGUUCUUAUGGGAAUGAAAGCUCUAAAGGACAUUCGACUGAAAGAUCCCCAAGAUGAAAAGGGACGCCGCAAAACAGUUAUUUUACAAAGAAGUUUUUGGUUCGCGGGUGUUUCCAGAAAUGCCGUUGUCGUUGUCCUGGCGUCGGUUAUCGCUUACUUUGUUCACCAAGAUAAGGAGGAUCCUUUGAUACUUACUGGUAAUAUAACUCCAGGGUUGCCAACACCGCAACCUCCGCCAUUCCAAACAACGGUUGGGAAUACAACGUUUUAUGCUGGUGAAAUGUUCGCGCACCUUGGAUCGGGACUGCUUGUAGUGCCCCUUGUUGGAGUCAUUUCUAACGUCGCUAUCGCUAAAGCAUUUUCCAAAGGCAGAACCUUGGACGCGACUCAAGAAAUAGUAGCGCUGGGCGCUUGCAACAUUAUCGGCGCUUUCUUCCAUUCGUUCCCAGUGAACGGGUCGUUUACGAGAAGCGCUGUAAGCGAUGCGUCGGGUGUGAAAACGCCUGCGGCUGGAUUUUAUACGGGUAUCAUAGUUUUGCUGACCUUGAGUUUGCUGACGCCGUAUUUCUACUUUAUACCACGAGCGGCACUUGCAGCGGUUAUAGUCUGUGCUGUUCUGCACAUGGUGGAUAUUGCGAUAAUUAAGAGACUGUGGCAUACAAGCAGAUUGGAUUUGAUACCAUUGCUGGGAACAUUUGUAUGCAGUCUUGUUCUUGGCGUUGAGAUAGGAUUAGGUUGCGGAGUUGCGAUCGACGUUUUGUUGCUGCUGUAUUAUCACUCCCGGCCACCCUUGGACGUCGCAUUUGUCGAUGAUGGUAUGCUUCCACCGCAUUAUUCUGUACAACCGAUCGGCGGACUCCACUUUGCUAGUGCAGAAAAAGUUCGAUCAAGAUUGAUAGCACUAAGAACUUCCAAAACAAGUAUAGAUCCAGUCACUACUGAUAUAAGAUUAGAAAAUUUCACCGUAGUACCAAACGGAGCUGUGGGAAAUGGUACAAUACAUCAACAUGUAGUGAAGUCUUCAAAUAUACUUGUUAUACAUUGCGGGGCACUGUUUAGAUUAGACUACACUUUUCUACAGAGCUUGAAGAUGUUGGUGCAAGAGUGGUCACUGAGUGGCCGAGUGAUCUGGUGUGAUGCCAAUCCUUUGAUCAAGGAGCAGUUGAAAAGCGUCAUACAAAACCCAUUGUUUUGUGAUACUGACGAUUUAGCAGUUUUCCUAGUCGAAAUAACAACGGCAACACAAACGGGGAAUUCCAGUGAUACGCAACUUUAGGAUUAAAAGAUAAAAGUGAAUAUUUUAAGAGAAUAAAAUAAACCAGCACUUUUGCUCCACCCUUUGGGGAAGAUUUACCUAAGCUCCUUUUAUAUACGUAUAAAAGCAUCUAAGGUAUAUUAUAUCUUACCUAAUAAUAGAUUUCGCAGAACCCGAAAAACAAACACAUAAAAAACUCUUUCUCCAAAUGCAUAUUGUAAAUUAUGAUAAAAGAGUUUUAAAAAGGUUAAUAAAAAUGAAGCCUUCAAGAACGAAUUAUAUUAAAAGUAAAGGCUCUAUCACACGGAUUACAACUGUGCCGUUGAUAUGUUAAGCUGUAUGCAUUCGAGAUUUGAACUGCACGCAGUGGACUUCUAUCCAGUACUUGCGUGGAGUUGACGCGUGCUGCCGCGUGAAUCGUACGCAUUUCACAUGCGGCUUGUCGGAGCAUUGGAUGUAUCUGACAUACACGGGUAGUGUAGUUCAAUGGAAUUCUUCAAGGAAUGUAAUUGAUUCUUUUAUUUCUGUAAUGAAAAAUACUAUUAAAGUUCUUGGUACGGCAACGAAAUCAAGUGGUAAACAAUGGGUUUAUAAAUAUGCCAAGAAAUACUUAAAAAAAAACAUAUGCCGCAAUGGUGUGAUUAAAACUAUUUAUAUUGCAGCUGAAAUUAACAAUGAAUUCAUGCAGUUAAACGUAUCGGCUGAAUACGUGCAGUUCAUCGGGUAAUAUCGGCUGCAAUCUUGCAAUCGGUCUGAUGGAGCCUUAUAUUCUACGGAGUCCAAGGCCUUCUAUAAACAGAUAUAACUUUCUUAUUUCUGUUCUAUUUAAUUUAAGUAGGUAUAAUUUUAUCUUGCUUCCUGAAAGAUGCCUAGUGGAAAGAUAGAAAAGCUACUGUAGUCUGUUAUCUUGUUGACUUUCGUAUAGUUACCAAGUUCAAAAAGUACGAGUGUUUUGGUUUAUACGGUUGUUUUAUUUUUUAUGAACGUUUUGAGCACAUGAAAUACCUCAGUAUUAAAACAGUAGUUAUUUUUUUAUACUAUCAUAGAUCUUUUUUAAAAUCCAGU